CUGCCCACACUGCUGCUGCGGGUACAACCUCACAACACCAAAAAGCUUCACCUCUGCCCCGCUCGGACUUGCACCACGACGUUUAACAAACACCACCAACAAGACCAGAGAAGCCCACGUAGCCAACAAAGCCGUCGAAAUGCUUUCUCUAAUCCUCUCCGCAGAACUCACAGGAGUCACGGGCCUCCGCCCGCAAGACUCAGAGGAAGACCCUUACUAUUACACCUUCAAGGUGCAAUGUACCUCAUGUCGCGAGACGCACCCGAACUGGGUGAGCUUUAAUCGCUUUGAGCAGCAUGAAAUCCCCGGAAGUCGCGGCGAGGCGAACUUUGUGUGGAAGUGCAGGCUUUGUCAGAAAACGCACUCGGCAUCUAUCCUUGCAGCUCCGACGGCUUAUGCCGAUGAUGAGAAGCGCAAGGGGAAGAAGGUGAUUGACCUUGACUGUCGCGGGUUGGAGUUUACGGAGUUUAAGCCUGAUGGAGAUUGGGAGGCCAAGGGCGUGGAAUCCUCUACGGCGUUUACGGGGAUUGAUCUCGCAGACGGCGAGUGGUAUGAUUAUGAUGAGAAGGCUGGGGAUGAGGUUGCGAUUAAGGAGAUCGCGUGGGACGUCAAACGAGCGUGAGGAAGGGACUGUUUAUGGUCGGGAUGGGGUGUAGCAUUCAGACUUGUCUAAAUAAUGAAUUAUCCAAAUUACCACCAAGUGUGUUCUGUCUCUCUGGCUGUCCAUGUUGAAGCCUGAGGAUGCAAUAAAAAUUAUGGCGCCUGAGGCAGAUGUAAUGAAGGCGGUGGUCCUGCGCUAG